CAGUUUGAGGUUAACACCUCACUGUAACUUUAUCUAAGCAUCGCCCCUAAAACAUGUUGUCGCUUUUAAAUGAAGAAGAGCAUGAAAUGUCUUCACUACAGAAAUGCAUCAGUAGUGCCUCAGCCAGGAAUGGUGCGUUUAGGAGCAGCUCCUAUGAGGACAAAGUCAGUUCUGCAACACAAGCAGUGAAUCUGUACAGACUGGUUGCUGGCAUCAUUGGACUGAUAUGUGCACUGCAGGCCGUUCUGAACGUCUCCCUUUGCCUUGUUCUCUAUCUGAAAGCUGGAAACAACACCCUGACUGAAGAGGUAGACGGACUGUGGAGCAGCCUUGGUUUUGGUCCAAAUCGGGGAAAUCUGCCAGAAGAGGGAGACAAGCUUAGAGCUAUCUAUGAUAUUGAAGAGGCGGGCAUGACAAAUCUCACUGUAGAGAGGGAUGAGCUGAAGAAGCAGUUAAAGGACUUUGCUUUACAGCUUGACUCCCUGACAAAACAGCGAGACCAUUUAAAGACAAUCAACUCUGAAAUUGAAUCCAGCAACAGGAACUUGACUGAAGAAAGAGAUGUGUUAAACAAGACGCUGACUGACCUUGUUUCACAAGUCGACUCCCUGACUGACGAAAGUAACAUGAUGAAGAAUACAAGCACUGUCAUCAAGGCCACAUCUGAAAGUCUCAGCAUGGAGCUAGAUGACCUAAAGAGAAGACUGAAUACCUGCACAUCUCAGAAGAAUUCCCUCGCCACAGAGAAAGAUGAGCUGAAGGAAAAGGUGGACGAUUUGGUUUUGCAGCAUAAUUCCGUGACCGAAGAGAGAGACAAGCUGAAGAAGAUCAACAUUGACAUUGAGUCCAGCAACAAAAACCUGACCGAGGAGAGACGUUCGUUAAAGGAGAAGCUAAAUGACUUUGUAUCCCAAAUUAAUUCACUGACGACAGAGAUGAAUAAGACAAGUACCGAUUCGGAGGUCACAUCCAGAAGUCUCACUGGGGAACGAGAGAACCUGAGGACACAACUGAAUAUCUGUACCACUGAGGCCACAUCCAGAGGUCUCACAACUGAAAGAGACAACCUGAAGAAGCAGCUGAAUACCUGUACUUCACAGCAAAAUUCUUUGGCCAAUGAGAGAGACACACUAAAAAGGACAAACACUGCCAUUGAGGCAACAUCCAGAAGUCUCUCAACAGAACGAGACAAUCUGAAGAGGCAACUGAACACCUGCACCUCACAGCAAAAUUCUCUGACAAACGAGAGAGACGCCCUGAAGAGGACAAACACUGCCAUUGAGGCAACAUCCAGAAGUCUCUCAACAGAACGAGACAAUCUGAAGAGGCAACUGAACACCUGCACCUCACAGCAAAAUUCUCUGACAAACGAGAGAGACGCCCUGAAGAGGACAAACACUGCUAAUGAGGCCACAACCAGGAGUCUGACAACUGAAAAAGACAACCUGAAGAAGCAGCUGAAUACCUGCACCUCACAGCAAAAUUCUCUGACAAACGAGAGAGACGCCCUGAAGAGGACAAACACUGCUAAUGAGGCCACAUCCAGGAGUCUCACAACUGAAAGAGACAACCUGAAGAAGCAACUAAAUACCUGCACUUCACAGCAAAAUUCUCUGACCAAUGAGAGAGACACACUGAAGAGGACAAACACUGCCAUUGAGGCAACAUCCAGAAGUCUCUCAACAGAACGAGACAACCUGAAGAGGCAACUGAACACCUGCAUUUCACAGCAAAAUUCUCUGACUAAUGAGAGAGACGCACUGAAGAGGACAAACACUGGUCUUGAAGCCAGGUUCAGAAGUCUAUCCCUGGAAAAAGAUGAGGCAACCAGGACGCUGAAUGCCUGCACUUGGGAGAAGAGCUCCUUGACUAUAGAGAAAGACAAGCUUAAUAAGAAAUUGACAGAUUUUGCUUAUUUUGCGGAGAAAAAAUGGCUGUAUUUCAGUGGUAGCUUCUAUUAUAUUUCUUCAACCAAGAAGACCUGGCUGAGCAGCCGGUAUGACUGCUGGGGUAAAAAUGCCGAGUUGGUGAUCAUAAACAGCAGAGAGGAAGAGCAAUUUACAAGGAAUUUCCAGACUAAAGCCUGGAUUGGUCUAAGUGACAGAAUACGAGAGGGCUUCUGGAAAUGGGUGGAUGGGACUCCGCUAACAAAAAGCUACUGGUACUCUGGAGAACCUAACCAUUAUUUUGGCCGAAAUGAGGACUGUGUAGAGAUUAAGAACUUCAGCUCUGAAGGCAGCUGGAAUGAUGCUGAAUGUGGAAACGAAAACUAUUGGAUCUGUGAAAAGAAUUUGAAUGCUUAAUAAUUGGAAACCAAAACGUUUUCGGGUUUCCUGCUCAAAGGCUUUUCAGAAAUCCGGCUGAUAAGACAAGAGUAUAAUGCUGUGCUUUUUGCUUUUCUCACAGAAUAUACUCGUAGCUGUGCUUCAGGUUAUUCUUUGAUCAGUUUCUACAAGAAUGUUAUCAGUACAAAGUUCUAAAUGCCCAAUUAGCUCAAAUGUGAGAUCUUUGUGUGUGUUUUGAUUGUAACUCUGAUAUUAGGGUCUUUGUAGUAGACAAUAAGAGACUCAGGUGAUGUGUGUUACAAGAUUAUUCAAACUGAGUGGCUCAAAAACGGCCCUGGCAAUAACGUAACCCACCCAGAUCUAAGCCAAGAUCUUAAAUUUCAAAACUAUUUUUGUAAAAGUUCUCUGCUCAUUUUGAAAUGGUUUAAAUCUGAUUUAAGGCUGCUUGCUUUCUGUUUUAAAGAUGGCCGAUUAAGGACACUCAUUUUAUUUCCACCCUACUAAGUUUUAUUAACUCCACACAUUGAUGGUUGCAUCAAUGUGUAGCAUGCCUUUCUUUUCUUUGUAUUUGAGGUUCAGCAAAAGAGCCACAUUAGCUCUAAAGAAACCAACUUAUAAUAAUAAUAAUUAUUAUUAUUAUUAUUAUUGACUGUU